AUGAUUUUUAAUCAAAUAGAAGCAUUUAUUUCAUUCAUUUUGCUAUCUCAGCUCACAAAAAAAUAAUUUAGCAAAAUCCAGCCAGCCCUCUGCCAGCUUUCAAUUUAAAUUAUUUUUCUUGAAAUUCCUGACAGGUAUCAUUUUCAAAUAAAAUAUUAACUAGUUGAGUUUUUUUUUGUAUAAUUCGUUAAUAAUCCUAUUUUAUCGCUAAUCUGAAAUUUAUUGUCCUUUUAAUAAAAAUGUACUGUAAAAAUGAGUUAUGACUGAACGAAGAAGUAGAGACUUAAACUUAAAAUUAAAUUUAGGUUUGCCUGCUGGCAUUGGUAACGCAGACGCCAAGGAUCCCCUAGGGGAUUCACCCUCUUUGUAAUGUCGACAGGGAGAACUUUUCGAGUAAGAUAACUCACCAAGAGAGUAUCGGCUCGAGCAUCCAUGGCACCUGUGAAGUAUAAUUAAAAUGUGCUCGAGGUUGCAUUGCCUCCCAGCAAUGUCAUGCUGAAACGCCAUUUUAUUCAUAUCGAAUAACUAGAGACAGUAUUCAAGCUUUUAAAUAUGAUGGCUAUCAUUUCUGCAUUCUACGGAUUCAUAAAACUGAUAUACGAGAUACUAAACCCAAGUGCCUUUCACUGGACUUUUUUUAUCCCUUUUUGUGCUUGCAAUAUGCUUACUUUAAUAUUAGUCUGUUUAUUUUGUCGUGUAAGUUAUAAGCAUAAGCUUGUUCUUUUAGUUAUUAUUGCAGAAUAUUACAACUUUUUAUUUUUGGCAAUUUCCAAAAAUUCACAAGGUGAGACCAUAUACGAGGUUAUUGCUUUUAUAAUAAAAAUCAAAUUUGAGUUUUCGACAAUAAGCAGCGUAUGAUUAUUUAAUUUUAAGUUUAAAAGAAUUACUCUAGCACACUUUGCUUCUAAGUCUUGUUUUACUUGAGGUCAAUCUACAUUAACAGCUCUGAACAACGGUAGGUGGACCGGCCUAGCUGUCGAACCGUUAAAGUUAAUAAGCCCUUCCAGACUUCUCUAGUCAGUGCCAGCCUCAGCACCGACUUCUCUACUUCAAGUUGUCUCACACUAAGUUCGAAUUAUAGGUCCAUCUGUAUUAGCAGGCGCUAGGACCAAUCCCUAACUGGCAUUUUAAUAUUGUGCAUGAUUAUUUAAAUGUAGUCUUAUUAUUUCACGAAUACAUCUGGCACAUCCACCCUUGAUUUUUUGACCCAAACAGCAAAAUCCCAGUCCCUUAUUUUGAUAUUUUUAUUCUUUUUUUAUUAUGCAAUUGUGGCAGGUAUCGCCUCAUGAAAACUUCAUAUGAGCGCUUUCAAUAUCAGAAAGAGCUCGAAAGUACCUCAAAUCGCUUGAAAAUUAUUACAGAAUAUUCAUUCGAAGGGAUCAUUAUUUUUUCACAAGUAGGAAACAUAGAGUUUUACAAUGAAAAAUCACUGGAGUUCAUGAAUGCAAGUCAGGAUCAUUUAAAGGUAAAGCUGAUUGCCACACAUUAUAUCCCUGGGAAAAAAAUAGCACAUAUAUCUUCAAGUAACGCUUUAAUUGACGAUAUAAAUUAUUUGCUUCAAAAUCCCAGUGACGAAGAAGUAACCUUGGGGAUUUCUCUGUCUGGGCAUCUUGAUCUUGAGUGGAAAGCUAAAAAUAUCAUAUGAGAAGGAAUUCCUUCAAUAUUUCUGUCGAUCAGAAGUGCAAAUCAAAUUAUUGAUUUAGAAAAAAACAUCGCGAAAGAAAGCAUAAAAUCUUUGAUUUUACACUCAGCUUCUCAUGAGCUUAAAACCCCAUUAAACUCCAUUAUUUAUUUUGCCACUGAGAUUUUACAAAAUCAAAAAGUCCUUACAGAGGAGUCCAAAAAAUCACUCUCAAUUAUCCUAAAUUCCGGCAAACUCAUGCUGUCUAUGAUCAGUGACCUGCUUGACUACUCAAAAAUCCUAACAGGCAGCUUAAAAAUGCACAAGCGAAACUGCAAUAUCAGAGAACUCAUCAAAAACGCUUUAAGCCUUGUCCAUUUCCAAGCUGAGAAAAAAAGGAUUUCUCUUAUCUGUAGGGUUGACCCAUUAAUGCCCAAAGAGGUCUUUACAGACCGAGACAGGUUUAACCAAAUUUUAUUAGAUUUAUUAGCAAAUGCUAUAAGACACACAAUUCAAGGAAAAAUUGAGCUUAUUUGCACAGUUAAUGCUAAAAAUAAACUAAAAUGCUGCAUUGAAGACUCAGGAAUUGAGUUUGAAAAAAGACAAAUUAAAGCUCUUGACGAAGAAAACUCGUCGACAAUCCCGAUUAUUGACAAUAAAGGAAGUGGCCUAGGGCUAUACAUAUCGAACCUGCUGGCAAAAAAACUAGGUGGAAAAAUAAUCAAAGGAAAAUCAGCGCCAGGAAAAGGCUCAGCAUUUUAUUUUACUAUAGAUUUAUUGAAUCAAUCUAGAAAAUAUAAGACCGAUUUGUCAAUUAAUAAAAGAGAGUAUGAUGAAGAUGCAUGCCCAGAAACUUCCUUGUCAUUUAGAGAGUUUAUGGGUAGCCAAAAUCAAUCAGUGCUGAUUGUAGAUGAUAUGGAAUUUAAUUUAGAAAUUUUGAGUAGCAUUUUAAAGAAUAAUGGAAUAUCAUACUCGAAGGCCCAAAACGGGAAGAUUGCAGUCGACAAAGUAAUUUUUCAGGACGUGAAAAAUAAGCCAUAUCGGCUAAUUUUUAUGGAUUCCAGUAUGCCAGAAAUGGAUGGGUGGGAAGCUACAACUCUGAUUACCCAGCUUUAUAAAGAAGGAAAACUCAAUCACAUGCCCAUUAUAGUUGGGUAUUCUGCUUAUAACUCAGAGGAGGAUAUAAAACUUUGUUAUGACUGUGGAAUGAUUGAUUUUCUACCAAAGCCUUGUUCUUCUGAAGAAAUAAUCAGAAUUGUAGCUAAAUCCUUUCUUGCUUGAUUGCCAUUUUUGAUCAAGGAUGGGGCUAUAAAAAGUUCGUUAAAAACUAUUUAUAAAAUUCUUUAAUAACCUUAAAAUUUAAAAAAUUAAAUUUUUUCCAUAUAAAAAUUUAUCUUAUAAAUUAGUCCCACAAGAGAUAGAAUAUGCAAUACAUUAGCAAAUUUGCUUAAAAGUUAUAUUAGAACUAUGCAGGACUUAUUAUAUGCUGUAAUGUCUAGAUUAAUUAUUAUUAAAAUAGAUAGUAGAUUUGAGGUGGGUAGGGUUGGGGAUUAAUUUACCAUUUUUAUGAAUGCUUAAUGGAAUAUUUCUAUCAAGAUAAGGAGUAAGUAUUUAUAA